CUCUAGUUUGCUGUCUGAGGUAAAAUUUUAUGAUCAGUGAUAAAAGGAGGUUUAUUCUAGUUUUAUUACUGCAAGAAGGAAGUAAUUGUAAAAAUAUAGCCGCUUUCCAUUCGCGAAUGUGUACCCUAAAGAUAUUGGCCACUAUAGAGUUCCUUGCACAUACUAAUAGUGAGGAAAAUGUGGCAUGAGGCCCGAAAGCAGGAGCGCCGAAUACGCGGUAUGAUUGUAGAUUAUCGUAAGCGUGCAGAGCGCAGACAGGAUUUUUACGAGAAAAUUCAAGCGGACCCGACGCAGUUCAUUCAAGUACAUGGCAGACGUUGUAAGAUACAUCUUGACCCAGCCACAGCUGCCGCCGGCGACGGAGCCGCCAUCAUUGUUCCUUGGCAAGGGCAACAGGAUAAUCUCAUCGAUCGUUUUGACGUGCGUGCACAUCUGGACUAUAUUCCACCAAUACCAAAAGCAAGCGAGACUGAGAGUUCAGAACCUUCUCAAGAUGAACGUCAGUGCAAUUAUGAACGAUACCGAAUUUUAGCUCAAAACGAUUUUCUGAACGUAACAGAAGACAAAUUUCUCCACCAACUUUACUUGGAAGAGCAGUAUGGAGCGAGUGCUCAGCUUGAGGCUAGUGAACGUAAUUCGAGCAAAAAGAAACAAUCUAAGAGCGGUGCGACUAUCGGUUACAUUUAUGAAGAAGGUCAACCCUCAACAGCAGCUGGCAGUCACGUUUUUCAGUCUUCGACUUUAGAGAAAUCAUCAGGGAAGUCGGAAAAAGGUUCCGAUUCGGAGUCGGAUUCUGAUAUGGAUGUGGAUGUUUCGAUUGAUAUCUCUAAAUUGGACACUUCACAAGCGCAUGAGCUGAACGGUUGUGGACGUAAUUAUGGGAUGGUGAGCAAUGACUUUUAUUCCUAUCUUACAAAAGACGCAGAUGAAGCUGAGGCACUACGGAUUGCGCGUGAGGAAGAGCAAGAAAAAAUGCUGCUAAGCGGAAGAAAGUCUCGCCGUGAGAGGAGAGCACAGAAAGAGCGUCGCAUAGCAUGUCGCCCUUUUAGUCCUCCCAGUUAUGCAGCAAAGGAGGAUGUCGCUGGCAAAAAAGAUAAGGAAGACGAAAGUGAUUCCCAUUCACCAUCCCCGGACCCAAAUGCGGGAAAAAUUACGUACAUCACUUCUUUUGGUGGAGAAGAUGAACUACAGCCACAUUCUAAAAUUUCCAUUAAUAUUGGACGUACACCACAGACAUUAGGCGAAUCUUGCGCUGGUGUGUCAGCAGCAGCUAGCGCUCUAGAUAGUCAGGCUACAUAUGCACAAAAAGUUAAGGAGAAUUUGGAGAAGCUGAAACAAUUGAAUGAAGGCGCGAAACGUUCAACAACUACAGGAAAACCCAGCCGCUCACGUAGUCGUUCGCGAAAACGUUCACGCACCAGAAGUCGCAGCCGAAAUCGAAGUAAUCGACGCAGUCGUGAUCGUCGGCGGCGGUUGUACUCGCGAUCACGUUCGCGCAGCAGGUCACACGUUCGUAGCCAAAGUCGUAAAAGACGACAUCGUUACAGAAGAUCACGUUCCCUUUCAUAUGACCGCUCUAGGCGCAAACAUCGGUCUAGACGCUGCAGUACAACAUCGAAUUCACGAUCUCGAUCGCAUUCGCGCGGUGGACAUGGCGUAACACAUAAACGGCGCUACAGAUCGACGAGUAGUUCCUCCCAUUGUUCUAGGCGACGAAGUUCUCGCUCCGUAUCUAGUAACAGUCGACAUUCUGAGCGAAAACGCAUACGAAACUCGAAGCACCAAAAAGCACAAUCGGAGCAUCGUCGUACGCGUACACGUUCAAUAUCGAAAACGAGAAUUUUGCCAUGCAUUGAUAGCAGCUCUAUUGCACCGCCGGAUUUGACCAUACAGAAAGCUCCAAUUUCAACUCUGGUAACAACUGUUGCUGCACUAAGCACCACCGCUAUACCUAUGGUUAGUUAUCCAUUAUCAACGCGUUUAACAGCGAUGUCUACAGCGGUCACUGUUGCGACUAAAGCAACCCCCCCCCCACCACCAGUAUCGGCUUCAACAACUACGUCGGCUGCGAACACAUCUGGCACAAGUAAUGAAAUUACAUUAUUGCCUACAGUGGUGGAACCACCGCCACCACCGCUCAAACGCUACUACGGUCGAAAGCGUGGAGAUGAUUCAUCGGAUUCCGAUAGUAAUUCUGUCUCAGACACGAAUGACGACAACAAAGCCACCAAACAACCUGCGCCAAUCAGCGGUGAAGGAAACGACAGCGAUGAACGCAUGGAUGUGGAUACUACCUCUGAACCCUCCAACCCUUUGCCAUCGUCGUCGACGUCAACUACUGGUAAACAAACAGGCAAAUAUAGCACUACUGCUCCGGCGAAAAUCAAUCCAAGUUUAUCUAAUGCUACCGAAACCAAAAGCUCGUCCUUGUCGACGCCGCAAAGCAGCAGUCGUUUGAAUUUGCGCGAACGACUGAAACGCAAAAUGCAAAAUUUGCUCAACAAGCAAUACAAAGCGGACAAACGUGCUGAAAUCGAGAAAUGGCAACGUGAAAGGCAACUGCAACAGGAGCGCGAGGAUGAAAUGCGCGAAAUGGCACUCAAACUGAGACGAAGGCAACGCGAACUGCGCCAUCGCUACGGCACCCCAUCAAGUGGCAAGGGUUCUGAUAGUGAUGCUUCGGGAGCAUUAAAAUCCGCGCAACCAACAGCGCAACGGCGCAGUACGUCGAGAAGUAGUGAAACCAUUACCGCGCCUGCCACAGAAAAGAAACUAACACAAAGUCAUCAACAUAGCACGGGCCGUGGGAAUGAUGACAAGGCCGAAGAGCAGCAUCAUUCAACAGUAACUCAUCACCAACAUAGAUCCCUACAUCGUAGUAGUAGUCGGGAGCGUGCGCAUCGUUCACGCAGUCGCAGCCAGUCUUACUAUCAAUCGCAGCGAUCAGCAGGCUCUAAACGGCGCUCUCGUUCCCGUUCGCGUAAUCGUCGUAGCGCUUCGAGACGUCGGCGACGAAGUGCAUCACGUUCUCGUUGGCAGCGUGACACCAGCCGUGAACGCGCGUCACGUCAUCAACGCACUCAACGUUACGAUGAACGUGAACGUGAGCGGGAGCGUGAGAGGGACAUAGAUAGAGAUCGCGAUCGUGAUCGCGGCAGGCGUUCACGUUCAAGAAAUGAACCACGGCCUAGAGAAAGUUAUCGUGACCGUGAUAGGGAUAGGAAUAGGGAUCGUGAGCGCGAACGCGAACGUGAACGCGACAGGGAUCGUGAUAGGGAAAGAGAUAGAGACAAACAUCGGCAUCAACGCGAUGCUCAAUGCUACAGACAGGAGACUGCCACAAGCAGUGGCAGCAGUGCUAAUACUAAUAGAAACCGCAUUGUCAUAUCUGCGCCACCGAAACUAAAGAAACUAGUUGAUUACUAGAUUAGAGACUGGGAAGAAUGCAAUAUCUUCCAUGUGCGGUAAUUGUUUCGAGUUUUUUGUUGUUUACUUUUUCUAUGUAUGUAAAUAAGGGUGGAAAUUUCGCAAACAAAAACUUUAGUAAUAUUUAAUUGGAAAGAGUUACUUAGUAAUAAACAUCAUUGAAUUGUUGAGACAUAUACCUACCAUAUAACGGUGGCUGUUAUUCUAUUUUUCUUGUCUUGAAUACAGGUUUGUAUGGCUAUAUUAAGUAUACAUCGUGCACAAUGUUAUACAUACAUACAUACAUAUUUAAUGAAAAUGCACAUGGGGAGCAGUAUUCUUGAGGCCGCAAAUUGAUGCGUUUAUUUAAAAUACUUCUCCCUUUAUACUGAUCGUAUUUAUUUUUUGCUUGGAACGUAAUAAACUUUGAUAAUGCUCUUAUGUU